CACUUCCCCUGUUAAGUUGAAAUAUACUGUCGAUUUGGCCAGUCUUUCGAGUGCCGUCUAAAGAACAGGAAAAAGGAUUAGCUGAUGUGUGGCGACUAUGGCUCGCCUAGAAAGACACGGUGAUUGGGUGUGGAUUAAACCACCAUCCAACGGAGAAUUCGACAUACCAAUAGGAUGUAAAAUUGUGAGAACUGAUCGGGGAAAAACACUAGUUUGCGAUGAUGACGAUCAGGAGUCUUGGGUUAACUCCGAUCAGGUCCUCAAGGGAAUGCACCUCAGUUCCCAGAAAGGAGUUGAGGAUAUGAUAACUCUUGGGGAUCUUCAUGAGCAUGCCAUUCUGCGGAACUUACACCUUCGCUACAAGAAACGAGAAAUCUAUACAUACAUCGGGAGUAUGCUUGUGGCCAUCAAUCCUUACGAAAUCCUUCCCAUUUACACCAACAAUCAAGUGACACUCUACCAAGGGAAGAAGAUUGGAGACGUCCCACCACACAUUUUCGCCAUUGGCGACAAAGCCUUUCAGGAGUUGAAGAGGGAGCAGAGGGAUCAGUGCAUUGUAAUAAGCGGCGAAUCUGGAGCUGGCAAAACUGAGAGCACGAAGCUGAUUUUGCAAUAUUUGGCAGCAAUUAGUGGAAAGCACUCAUGGAUAGAGCAGCAGAUAAUUGAUGCAAAUCCCAUUCUAGAGGCAUUUGGCAAUGCCAAAACAGUGCGCAAUGAUAACUCAUCGCGAUUCGGAAAAUACAUCGACAUACAUUUUGAUGGAAAUGGAACAAUUGGUGGUGCCAAGAUUGAGCAGUAUUUGUUGGAAAAGUCGCGCAUUGUCCACCAGAACAAGGGCGAGAGGAAUUAUCACAUCUUCUACGCCAUGCUGGCGGGAAUGAAUCGGGAGGAGAAGAAGAAGCUGGACUUGGAAGAUGCCUCAAAGUAUCAAUAUCUAACAGGAGGAGGAACUCUGACCACUGAUGGCCGCAAUGAUGCCAGCGAAUAUGCCGAUAUUCAGGCAGCUAUGAAGGUCCUUUCAUUCACUGACGACGAUAUUUGGAACAUUUUUCGUCUCCUCGGCGCAAUUCUUCAUCUCGGCAAUAUGAAGUACAAAGCCGUUGUUGUGCAGAACUUGGACACGACAGAAGUGAAUGAUCCCGUGAAUUCUGCAAGAGUUGCAACGCUUCUUGGUGUUCAGAAGAGUCUCCUGAUUGACUCCCUCACUAGGAAAACCAUCACUGCUCAGGGCGAAAAGGUGGUGUCGAGUCUGUCCAAAGAGGCUGCCCACAAUGCUCGCGAUGCAUUUGUGAAGGCGAUCUAUGGGAAGAUCUUCGUGAAAAUUGUGGACCAGAUAAACAAGACUCUGUACAAAUCUGAAAUGAGGCAGAGAAUAUCAAUUGGAGUGCUGGACAUUUUUGGUUUUGAGAACUUCGAUGUGAACAGCUUUGAACAGUUGUGCAUCAAUUAUGCUAAUGAGAAUUUGCAGCAAUUCUUCGUGAAGCACAUCUUCAAAAUGGAGCAAGACGACUACACGCGAGAAGGUAUUAAUUGGCAACACAUUGAGUUUGUGGACAAUCAAAAUAUUCUCGAUAUGAUCGGCAUGAAGCCGAUGAACUUGAUGUCAUUGAUUGAUGAGGAAUCGAAAUUCCCAAAGGGAACAGAUAUGACAAUGUUGGCGAAAUUGCAAUCAACUCAUGAUAACAAGACAAUCUACCUCAAAUCCAAAUACGAUCAAUCGACAGCUUUUGGGAUUCAGCACUUUGCCGGUGCGGUUUUCUACAGCGUUCCUGGCUUUCUGGAAAAGAAUCGUGACUCUUUCAGUGCUGAUCUCAGAGAGAUGAUCGACAAGUCGAGCAAUAAGUUCCUCUGUGAUCUAUUCACGCAGGAGAAUGGAACUAUAGACACCAACAGACGCUUCCUAACGCUAUCAUCACAGUUCAGAACGUCCCUCGAUGCACUCAUGCGGACACUCGAGGUGUGUCAGCCAUCCUUUGUGAGAUGCAUCAAGCCCAAUGAGCUGAAGAAGUCACACCUCUUCGAUCGAGAGCUGUGUGUCAGACAAUUGCGAUACUCCGGAAUGAUGGAGACGGCAAGGAUUCGCCGGGCUGGUUAUCCCAUCAGGCACACUUAUCGGGAGUUCGUUGAGCGAUAUCGUAUCCUGGGAACCGGAAUUGCGCCGGCCCACAAGACAGAUUGUCGAGUAGCUUCGAACAAGAUCUGCGAUAAGAUUUUGAGUGGCAUGGAGGAAGAUUAUCAAUUUGGUCACACGAAAAUCUUCCUAAAGGAUUCACACGAUAUUUUGCUAGAAGAGAAGAGAACAACCGUCUACUUGAGGAGCGUAUUGAUCCUGCAACGAGGAUUCCGUCGAGUGCUCUUCAGACGCUUUAUCAGGCGAUACCGCGAGGCUGCUAUUACGAUUCAGAAGCACUGGAGAGCUCGAGGAUAUCGUUCACGGUAUCUCGCCAUGAGGACAGGAUUCAAGCGACUUCAAGCUGUGCUUGUAUCUCGUCAAAUGGUGCAUCAAUUCACACGGAACCGCCGCGUAGUUGUGGCUCUUCAGGCGCACUGUCGCGGUUUCCUCACGCGACGCAACAUCCGCGGGAAGAUCACCGAAAAGGCCAAACGUAUGCAGGAUCUCAUGUUGCUGAGGAAGCAGGAAGAGCUGCAAUUCCGAAAGUUGGGUCAAGCGCAAUGGCAUGAAUUGGCGGAGAUCAAUUACAGGAAUCGCGUGGCUGAAUUGUCGAAGGAGUUGGCAUUGGAGGAGGAACAGGCGCCCGUGAAGCAUGUACAGCACACAUAUCGUGAUGAGGACGAUCAAGUGGUUGAUGCUGUGUUUGAUUUCCUGCCCGACACCAGUCCUGAGCCCCAGCCAAAGCAUCCAACAGCGCUCGGCGACAACGAGGAAUCCAUUGGCUUACCGAAAACCACACAAGCUCGCGAAGAUUUGUCACACUUCAGUUUCCAAAAAUUCGCAGCCACAUAUUUCGUGAACAAUGUCACUUCGCAGUAUAGCAAGCGACAGCUUCGAUCAUCUCUGUUGGAUCUUCCCCUGCCUACGGAUGAGGUGUCAGCUCAAGCCAUUUGGAUAACGAUUCUGCGCUUCAUGGGCGACAUGGCCGAGGCGCGAUAUGAAGAUGAGGAGGAGCGACAUGUUCCUGUGAUGGCUAAACUCCACACGACUCUCAGCAAGAGUUUCAUAAAAACCCGCGAGUAUCGCGAGAUGAUGAGCGAUCUGUCCGAAGGUCAGCGCCAGAAGUUGAUCAAUAAAACCCUCAAAGGGAAGUCCAAGAUGCCUGCCGAAGUGAGGAGAAUGGUUGAGAACAGUGAAGAGAUGAGCAUUUAUCAGGAGUGGUUGAGCACAAGAAGUAGCAACUUGGACAAGUUGCACUUCAUCAUUGGCCACGGCGUUCUGAGGCCAAUUCUUCGCGAUGAGAUUCUCUGUCAGAUUUGCAAGCAACUGACCAACAAUCCUCAUCACACAUCGCACGCCAAGGGAUGGAUUCUGAUGAGUCUGUGCGUGGGAUGCUUCCCGCCAUCUGAGAAGUUUGAAAUCUACCUAAGGGCCUUCAUUCGCGAUGGGCCGGAAUUGUUUGCUCCAUAUUGCGAAGAGAGACUAAACAGGACAAUUAAGAAUGGAGCCAGAAGUCAACCUCCAUCGUUCCUUGAAUUGCGAGCCACUAAAAACCGCUCUCCUAUUCACUUAAAUGUGGCUCUGAUGGACGGAUCGUCUCGCCGUGUGGAAGUGGAUUCUGCAUCAACUGCACAGGAAGUGUGUCAACAAUUAUCCUCCAAUUUAGGCUUGAAAGACACCUUCGGCUUCUCCAUCUUUGUCACGCUCUACGACAAAGUGAUGUCCCUUGGCUCCGGCAAGGAGCACAUUAUGGAUGCAAUUUCCAAUUGCGAGCAGUACAUGAAAGAGCAAGGUGGCAGUGAGCGAAGCGCUCCUUGGCGAAUUUUCCUGCGGAAGGAAAUCUUCACUCCCUGGCACAAUCCCAGUGACGAUCCCAUCUCCACGGAGUUGAUCUACAAGCAAAUUUGCCGUGGUGUGAGCUUUGGAGAAUUGCGAUGCAAAACAGAGAAGGAGAUCGCAAUGCUGGCCGCACUUCAGUACUACGUAGAAGUUGGAGGUGAAAUGAGCAUGGGAAAAUUGCGUGAUAUGAUUCCACGUGUUUUACCCAAAGAUCUCGUGAAUGAUAAGAGUCUUUCCAAGUGGGAAACGUCCAUAGCGAAUGCCUUUAAGUACAGCAAUCGCAUCAAAGAACGCGCUGCAGUUGCCGUUGUAAUGGAAGAUUUGGUCAUAUUUGCCCUGAUGAACUUCACCAUGAUGUUCUCACAAUUCUACGAAGCUGUCCUCGUGGAAGGACCAAAUGUGCUCGAGAAGAACCUCGUGAUUGCUAUUAAUUCCUCAGGAGUUUACAUCCUCAACGAUCAGGAGCAAGUGCUCGUUGAAUUGUCCUUCCCAGAAAUACUCUCAGUGUCCAGAGAGUCAGGUGAAGAUACUAUUGAUGAGCUUAUCAUUUCGACUGUGCAAAAAGUUGAGUUCAUCUUCAAAUGCUACGAAGCUUCGACUAUUGUGAAUCUUGUACAAUUCCUCAUGCAAGGCCUCAAAGAGAGAUCGUCUUACGUGGUUUGCGUGCAGAGCUACACUCAUCCUGAUGAUUCUGGGGACACUUAUUUGAAACUCCUCAAGGGCGAUCUUAUCAAAUUAGGCCUGGGCUACAGUGGACAGAGUUUGCUGAGUGGAGAAAUUACUUGGGCUUAUGGCGAGUGUGGGAAAAAAACUGGUGAAUUUCCAACGGAAGCCGUUUACGUACUUCCAUGUCUUGAGCCACCUCCUGGUGAAGUUCUAGAGUUGUUCAGGACGAGUGCCAUUGUUAAGGGCAGAAGUCAUCGUGCUCCUCAGUACAAUACAACGCAAAGGAUGAGAAUGCACACACUGCAGAAAUUCGCAGCAGAACAUUUCAGAUCAAAUAUGGGGCCUGCCAGCACUUCGCAUGUCAUCACCUCGGUUCGACGCAAUGCUUCGGAAGACCUUUGGAGACACACAAGAGACCCCAUCAAGGCUCCAUUACUGGCCAAAUUGCAGAAAGAUCAGACUCGUUUCGAUCAAGCUAUCGAGAUCUUCACAGCCAUCCUGCGCUACAUGGGAGACUUGCCGAAGGGACGCGGUCCUAUUGAUACAGACACUAUUUUCGCUGUUGCAAUUAAGGAUGAUCACUUGCGUGAUGAGGUAUUUUGCCAAAUUAUGCGGCAGCUUACAGACAAUCGCAUUCAAAUUAGUGAGGAGAGAGGCUGGGAUCUGAUGUGGCUCGCAACCGGUGUUAUGCUGCCCACUCCGCUAGUCCUGAAGGAGCUCAUGGAGUUCCUGCGAACGCGAUCUCAUCCACUCUCGAGUGAGUGCUUGUCACGUAUCCAGAAGAUCACCAAAUCUGGACCUCGGCAGUAUCCACCGUAUAUCAUUGAGGUUGAGGCGAUAAGAUGCAGAAGUAUGCAGAUCUUCCACAAAGUCUAUUUCCCUGAUGACACUGACGAGGCUUUUGAGAUUGAGUCCAGCACGAAGGCCAAGGAUGUUUGCCAAAUUAUUGCGAAACGACUGGAAUUGCACUCUCAUGAUGGCUUCAGUCUGUUCGUGAAGAUUCUGGACAAGGCAUUCUCUGUGCCCGAGGAAUACUUCAUCUUUGACUUCAUCUAUGAACUCGUGGAGUGGACAAAGGCCACACUCACGCGCUCAGGAGACAGCCAAAUAUUGUGCCAGUAUCAACUGUUCUUCAUGAAGAAAUUGUGGAUAAAUUACAAUUUGAACGACAGAAAUGCUGAUCACAUCUUCUAUUUCCCACAAGAAGUGCCCAAAUUCAUUAACGGAUACUACAGAUUGUCCAAGAGUGAAGCGACUAAAGUAGGAGCUCUUAUCUAUCGCGGAUACUACGGUGAUGAUAUCUCAGGCUUCCAACAUGGAUUUGCCGAUCUCUUACCUCAAUUGAUACCAGAAGACCUCAUUCGGCUGCACAAGCCUGACGAUUGGAAGAAGACAAUCAUGAGCGUGUACAAUGGGCACAAGGGACUCGAUGAAUUCGCAGCAAGGGAGGAAGUACUGCACAUCGUCAAGCAACUCCCCACAUUUGGAUCCACGUUCUUUGUCGUAAAGCAAUCCACAGACGUCAAUUUGCCCAACACCCUCCUCAUUGCCAUCAAUCGCAGAGGAUUCCAUAUUAUUGAUCCGAGAACAAAGGACAUUAUUCAAAGUUAUAAUUUCUCGGAGUUAAAUUACUGGAGUUCCGGAAACACCUAUUUCCACAUUCGCUUUGGAAAUAUGAUGGGAGCAUCGAAACUUCUUUGUGAAACAUCGCAAGGCUAUAAAAUGGAUGAUCUAUUGUCCUCAUACAUUAAUUACCUUAAGUCUGCAUCAACACAUUAAGAAGCUAACAAAGAAAGAAGAAAUCUACACAUUUAAAUGCUUCCAAGGUGAACGCAUUAUAUACUUUUUUUUCAUGUUUACCACUUGUUUGGAUUUAAACACUAAAUUCUUCAUAUGAUAGAAGUCUGAUUAUUUCAGUGCACUUGCAUAAAAUCUUUUGGAAUGUAUUUUUGACCAGCAGCCAAAUCCUAUUUGCAAGAAAAUAACACAUAAAAACAGAUAAAUCAAAAUAAUUCCUAUAUCGAAAUAGUCAUAAUAUAAUUGCAUAUUGAGAAGAAACAUGGUUCAAGGGUAUCUUAUUGCUCAAAAACAUAUGAAAAAUGAACAUCAUUGUAUUGAUUUGUUUUUAAAUGUAUUCAAUAAAGGACAUAAUCUGUGUCGUGCUGAGUUAUCAAAGGCAAUGUUGUAAAAAUUCUACACCUGCAUACGAAUACAUGGAAAAGAGAAAGAAAAUAACGCAUUCAUGGUAAUCUAAGGAGAUCAAAUAUAACGAAUAAGCGUAUUUAUCACAAAUUAUGCUGAAGUACAUAUAUUUGUUGAAAAAACAAGGUAAGUAAAGAUAUAAGACAAGAGAAAAGAAAGAUAUAUGAAAAGAUAGAGAACAAAUUAUAGUGGUGCAUAAUUACAAAACCAAAAAAAGAAUCACAAAUAUAUGAAAAACGUGAAAUAUCAUGAGACAUUUUUAAAUGAAUCAAUUAAGUUACGCUUUUGCCCUAUUUAUAAGACAAUUUAUUGGGGUGUGUAAAAUAAUAAUAAGAAAUAUAUAUUGACUAUAAAAUUUGAAAAAUAGUACAUACCACAAUUAGUAGAUUUCAUAUUCACUUUUCGUAAUUUUUGAAUAUUAUGUGUGCCAAAUGUAUCUGCAAGUAAAUAAU